AUGCUAUGCGACUUUUUUUAUCCACAAUUAGGUGGGGUGGAGUUUCAUAUAUAUCACUUGUCGCAGAAGCUAAUAGAUUUGGGUCACUCUGUGAUUAUUAUAACACACGCUUACAAAGAUCGGGUUGGCGUACGGCAUCUUACAAAUGGUUUGAAGGUCUAUCACGUACCAUUUUUUGUGAUUUUUAGAGAGACGACCUUUCCGACUGUUUUUUCAACAUUCCCAAUAAUUAGGAAUAUUCUUCUCAGAGAGCAGAUCCAAAUCGUUCAUUCCCAUGGCAGUGCUUCCACUUUCGCUCAUGAGGGAAUUCUUCACGCUAAUACUAUGGGAUUGAGAACUGUAUUCACAGACCACUCACUCUACGGUUUCAAUAAUUUGACCUCGAUUUGGGUGAACAAACUACUGACUUUUUCUUUGACAAAUAUAGACAGAGUUAUAUGUGUCUCCAACACAUGCAAAGAGAAUAUGAUCGUCAGAACAGAAUUAAAACCGGAUAUAAUUUCGGUAAUUCCUAAUGCGGUAGUCAGUGAAGAUUUCAAGCCAAGAGACCCCAUUCAUAGCGAGAGAAGACAAGGUAAGGAUAAGAUAGUGAUCGUGGUUAUUGGUAGACUCUUUCCAAACAAGGGGUCCGAUUUACUUACUCGCAUAAUUCCGAAAGUUUGCUCCUCACAUGAAGAUGUGGAAUUUAUAGUUGCCGGUGAUGGCCCAAAGUUUAUUGAUUUUCAACAAAUGAUCGAAAGUUAUAGACUACAAAGACGUGUACAGCUUUUGGGGUCUGUUCCACAUGAGAAAGUGAGAGAUGUACUGUGUCAGGGUGAUAUAUAUUUACACGCUAGUUUGACGGAGGCGUUUGGCACAAUUUUAGUAGAGGCUGCAUCCUGCAAUUUGCUGAUUGUAACGACCCAAGUCGGAGGAAUUCCCGAAGUUUUACCAAAUGAGAUGACGGUUUAUGCCGAACAGACAUCUGUUUCCGAUCUUGUCCAGGCAACAAAUAAGGCGAUUAACAUUAUAAGAAGCAAGACUUUAGAUACAUCUUCUUUUCAUGAUAGCGUUUCUAAAAUGUACGACUGGAUGGAUGUCGCCAAAAGGACAGUCAGCAUAUACACUGAUAUCUCUUCUACUUCGCCCGCAGAUAAUAAGGAUUGGAUGAAAAUGGUGGCAAAUCUUUACAAAAGAAACGGAAUUUGGGCCAAGCACCUCUAUUUAUUAUGUGGUAUUGUAGAGUACAUGCUUUUUUUUCUUCUAGAAUGGUUGUACCCAAGAGAUGAAAUUGAUCUAGCUCCCAAAUGGCCCAAGAAAACAAAAUGUAAGGAGCAAGUGGAAGCAAAAAGAAUUUAG